GUGGAGUGGACGGGCGGAACUAAACAGUUGGCGCUACAUCGAAUGGGCUAACAAUGUACGGAUCAAAGACCACUGCUGUAAAGCCCCAGAGGGCACAAUCAUCGCGGGAUGAGCUGAUUAAUAACCGCUACAACCUAUCGGAGCCAGAAGGUGUUUAUCCAUUGGAUGGGUCACACUCCGGUAUCAAUAAGUACCCAGACUUCCAGCCUUGGAAGCACACCAUUAAGGAGGACCACAUUGCCGUGGAUCAUCUGCAAAGAGGGUACUUUGAAUCACCGCAAGUUGGCAAUGAGCUUCUAUCCGCUCGAAACAUCAUGCAUCAGUUGCUCAGGUCGAAGAACUCUCUGGAAUCGCUGUCCUCGAACGUGUUGAUGGCGAUGGACCUCCGUGCUCGGAACAACAGGGUUGGGCCUGGUACGUAUAAGCCACCUCCAAGGGUCACCUUAACUGACCAGAAGAGGGAGAAUUGGCUGAAGGAUCUUGCUAAUAGUGAGGUCCCCCUGAGGAAGCUGGCUAGGACUAUCCCACACGGUGUUAGAAACAAAACGCUGAUUGAACAGUGUGUCUCUAAGAAGAUCCCCAUAACAAGGGCCAUUUGGUUUGUUCGCUGUGUCAGUACAAACGAGCUACGUGGGCUGAAAAGGAAAGGUGGAGCCAACAUCGAAUACACAUGGGUGCAAGAAUGGACCACCCAGGUGUUGGAAUUUAUUGAAAAGUUGUCUCACGACUACCUCAAAUUCGAGUCGUUUCAACAGGCAAAGGAAAGUUGGAAGACGAAUGUCAGCUAUCUGCUAAGAUUUGUAUCAAACUUGUACAUUGAAAACUUGGUGGACAAAGACAGCAUCAAAUUUUGGAUCUUGAAGUUCUUCAAACUUUGCAAGAUAUACGAAUUGCCCUUGGCUUUGACAAUUAUAAAGAUGUUCUGGAAUGAGAUCUCCAAGACUGAUUAUAUCAUAAAGGAAAUUACUGAAACCAUCAUACUGCGGUACAGUGUUGUUUCUUCGUGCAAAAACCUGCUGGAGGCAAAGGAUAUCAUCAUCACAGACCAACAGUUAAACGAUAACAUCAAGUCGAAGAUAAUGAAGGAACUGAAAUUUUUAUUGAUGAAUUCAUUCUCACAAUCCAUCGAUAACUUUAUCUUGCCCAACAACUGGGAUCAACUAUCACCGAUAAUUGGUGAUAUCUUGGACUUGACAGACUCCAAAACAAAGAAAAAAUUUGACAUUAUAAACUACAGAAAUGAAUCCUUGAUGAUAAAUUAUUCUCUGAACAAGAACAGAGAAGUUAGAGAUGUCAUUUCUGUAUUGGAUAAAUUGGAAGGUGAAAUUGAUUAUGACAAUAUCAUUUCUUUGAUACUGAAAGACGACUGGAAGUUCAAUGUUAAACUAGUGCUUCAAUGGUCAUUGACAAGGUUUAGAUACAGAACUUCUCGUGUUUAUUUGUUUACGGAGUUGUGCAAAAGGCUUAAAACACAUCCUUCUGUGUCUUUGAAAGCACUUGAACAGGAAAUUCUCGAAUCGGUAUUCAGUUUAUCUUUGAACCCUACAGAUCUUAUCCUGGAUGACCUUUUCCUACUAUUGAAUCAACUCAUCCAGAUUAAGGUAUUCAAAGUUCCAAUAUAUCUCCGCCGCUUGAUUAGCUCGGGGUUGAUAUAUCAAAAUGAUAACCACUUAGAAAAGCAAGUACAUGCAUCGAUAUUGAUGAACUUGAAACCGCAAAAGGGAUCUCAAACUUCUUUGAUCUUGAAAAAUCUUUCUGAGUUUAACGGAGAAGGAAUGGACUACGAUGAAAUGAUAAAACUAGGACUAUCCAUUCUCCAUGACAAUUCGGAUAGGACUUUGGAGAACUUGCAUUUCCUCAAAAGUAUGCCUGUUGGUGUUAAGCUGCAGUUAUCAGAGUUGUACUUAUCAAAGAUCUUGGAGAGGGAAAAUCUAUUCCCUUUGAUAACGUAUACUGAGUUACGGAAAAUAUUAGAGACUCUACUCUCGCUGGGAGAUAUGAACAGUGUCACAAGACUCAUAGUGAAAGCACUUGAUAGCCAAAAUCUGGAAAGAGAGGAAUUCUUACUUUUGACCGAAUGUAUCCUCACAAAUUUACAACUGGUAUCCUUCAUUGUGAACAUUGACGAUAUUGUUUUGUCAAUUCUUCAAAAUUCCAAUAGACUGAUGCUGUCGACGUCAAUGAUAAAAUUUUGGCAAGCUUUCAACAAAUCUUUCAAAUCAAAGUAUUCAGAUGAUAUAGAGAAAAACAUCAACCAAAAGGGUGUUGAGUACGAUUUGGCCACUAUUAUGAUGGCUAUCUCUGAAUCCGAACUUGGCAUAACAUAUGACCAGCUCAUCCAAGAAAGUUCGUUCCAUAACAACUUCCAAGUUUUGAUCAGAAGUUUGUUUAACAACACUUCAUGUGAUAGCAAAGGAAAGGCUAUAAUCAUUCUUAUGAAGGUUUUGAAAUUCCAUAACACAGCAGAGUUCAAUAGAAUUGUCUUCGUGCACAUAAAGAAGACAUACAGCAGUUCGACGGAGUUGUUGAAGUACGAGCCGCUGUGGGAUAUCAUUAUUUACGAUCUGGUCUCAGUUCAGAUGAUUUUUGAGACGUUUCUAAGCUUCAAUUCUCAGAUUCAUCUUUCCUUCAUCUUGGAUCUUUUGUUCAAGGAAUCUACACCAUCGGAGCCUCAUGAUUUUUUUAAGCUUUCACUUUUACGAGAACAAUUCAAGAGAGAAAAUCCAAAGACAAUGAUAAACCUCAUCAAGAUGUCACUUUCAGAAUCAGAUAUAAAGAUGGAAUCAAUACAAUCAGAUUCCGCUGAUAUCAUAAACACCAUUAUGGAUAAUACAACAUCGAGUACAUAUAAGUCAGAACAGUUGGCUGUGUUUUUGGAUAUUUUGAUAUCUGAUCAGAAAAUGGUUGUUGCUGCUAUUGAAAAUGAGGAUGAUGCGUUGAAAAAUAAGAUCAUCAUAUGGUUAAAUGAGACCAUUUUCAACCGUCCAGAAGAUAUUGCCAUUGACUAUAUUUGUGCCUCAAGACUUGUUGAAAAUAUCAAAAGGGAGAACAGGUUCAACCUCCCAUUGAUGCAGUUACUGUUCAAGUUGAAAUUGAAUCAAAACAUUCCAGAAGAUGAUUUAGUGACUGUUCUAAAGGCUGUUAUCUUGAGAUCAACGAAAGAAAAGACUUUGAGUUUUAUCUUUGAGCUUUUAGAUGUCCCAUUGAAAAUCAAGCUUAUCCACUUUUUGGAGAUGAUCUUCCUAAGCUCUCCAAGUUUCCCUUCUGUGAAUAUCAACGAUCAACGACUCGAUCUCACUUGUUUGAGUGAUUCGCUAGUUGCACUUUCGAGUGGAACGCAGAAUGUUACAUUAUCUGAUGAGUUGGUGUUCUCCUUGGACGUAUCACUUGAUCAUCUCAAUAAAGUGAUCGCUCAGGGUGAUAGGGAUGUUCAAGUGUUGUAUUCUGCAAUCUCUUUGUUUUUAAAAAUCAUCAUCAUCCACAAGGGCUUCCUCAUAAACAUCCUUAUUGAGAGAAAUACCAUAAAGGAGAGUUUUUUGAAUAACCUGGUUAACCUUUUGAGCACGACCGUUGUCUCCAGCAACUUGAAGCUGAAGAAUCUACUUUAUGACCUGAUUCUGUCGAUCAAAUCAAGCAUCAAUGAGAUCAACUCAAGCCAGGUACACAACGUCAAACUUCCCGUAUCUAUCAUCAAUCUUCCAAGUAUUUCUUCAAACGCUGGGAAGUCAAAGGCUGCACUGGUCAAUAAGCAAAACCUACACGAUUUUAACUGUGUUUUGGACUUGUAUCUGUAUCACAAGACUACGUGCUCAUUCCAUGAGUUUAACAUCAAGCCAUUCGAUAUGGUUGAGGAUUCCAAUCCGAUUGAAAAUUUAAACGACACUGCAGUGAGUCUUCAACUGUUUGAAGCAUCGAUAGAGAGAAAGAAUCCAACUUAAGAGAGAAGAAUGAAUAUUUACUUUGUGAAUGAAGUGUUUAUAACCUAUCGAU